AUGGAAGCAGAUACUGAAAAUCAAACAAAUGAAAAGAAAAAAAAUGGCGCUGUUAAAAUUUGUACGAGUGAAAAUGAAGUAAAUCAUUAUUCUCGAAAAGAUGCUAACUUAGAUAAAACUCCUAUAAUGGGUAUACUAAUUAAAACCCAACAGAAACAAAUUGAUGUAAACGAAAUGCCUGUUAAAAUCAACCAAAAUAAAGAUGACCAUGAUUCUAAAACAUUGGAAUUAGAUACUGAAAAUCAAACAAAUGAAAAGGAAAAAAAUGGCGCUGGUAAAAUUUGUACGAGUGAAAAUGAAGUAAAUCAUGAUACUCGAAAAGAUGCUAACUUAGAUAAAACUCCUAUAAUGGGUAUACUAAUUAAAACCCAACAGAAACAAAUUGAUGUAAACGAUAUACCUUUUAAAAUCAACCAAAAUAAAGAUGACCAAGAUUCUAAAACAAUGGAAGUAGAUACUAAAAAUCAAACAAAUGAAAAGGAAAAAAAUGACGCUGUUAAAAUUUGUACGAGUGAAAAGGAAGUAAAUCAUGAUUUUCAAAAAGAUAAUGAAAUACAAACUAAAACACCACAGGAACAAAUUGAUGUUAACGAUAUGCCUUUUAAAAUAAACCAAAAUAAAGAUGACCAAGAUUCUAAAACAAUGGAAGUAGAAACUGAAAAUCAAACAAAUGAAAAGGAAAAAAAUGGCGCUGUUAAAAUUUGUACGAGUGAAAAUGAAGUAAAUCAUGAUUCUCCAAAAGAUGCUAACUUAGAUAAAACUCCUAUAAUGGGUAUACUAAUUAAAACCCAACAGAAACAAAUUGAUGUAAACGAUAUACCUUUUAAAAUCUAUCAAAGUAAACAUGUCCAAGAUUCUAAAAUAAUGGAAGUAGAUAUUGAAAAUCAAACAGAAGAAAAGAACAAAAAUUGUGCAUCUAGAACCUGUACGAACGAAAAUGAAGUAUAUCACGUUUCUCAAGAAGAUGCUGUCCUGGAUAAAACUCCAAUAAGGAAAAUAAUCAGUUUUACCCCACAGGAAAAUAUCGAUAUAAACGAUGUCAUAAACUUGGAUUAUAAUAAUGGCUUGUCGAAUACCAUGUCACCUUAUAAAAUUUACCAAAAUAAAGAUGUCCAACACCCUAAAAUAAUGGAAGUAGAUACCGAAAAUCGAACAGAUGAAAAGGAAAAAAAUGACAGGUCUAGAACCUGUACGAUCGAAAAUGAAGUAAACCAUGAUUUUCGCGAAGAUGGUGCCCUAGAUAAAAUCCUAACAAGGAAAAUAUUCAGUACUACUCCACAUGAAGAUAGUGAUGUAAAUGACGCCACUAACAUUGAAUAUUAUAAUGGUUUAUCGCAUAAUAUAUCACCUCAUGAACUCUGCCAAAAUAAGGAUAUUCAAGACACUAACAUAACGGAAGUAAUUACUGAAAAUCGAACAGAUAAAAAGAAAAACAAUGAUGAUAUCUAUACUAAUGCAAAUGAAAAGAAAUAUGAUUCUAGAGGAGAUGUUUCUACAAAUGCGAAUGAAAAAAACUAUUUAGAAAAAAAUGUUACAAAAAAAUCAGGUGUUGCGAAAAAACUCAUUUACAUCUGUUCGCCAAAAAUGAAAAGAAAUGCUAUUAAAUUCAAUGACUCAGAUACGAAUAUGCCAUUUCAUGGCCAGAUUAUGAUAAAACAAGGUGAUGACAUAUUAUCAAAUGAAUAUCUUAAAACAAUCAAGUGGAAUGACAAUGAGUGUAAUUACAAUGAUAUGCCAUAUAAAGAUUUUUUGGGUGUUUUAAGUGCUCUUACACCAGAAGAAUUUACAGCAUAUCAGAGACUCGCUGAUGAAGCAGAAUCAGAAUUAGAUGAUGAAAGCCACUCAGAAUUUAAAAACGAUUUAUCAAACAUAUCUGUAAUGAAAUCACACAAAACAUCAGCAAAUUUACCAAAAUUAAAUAAACACACAACUGUUGCUCUAAAACAAUUAGAGAAAGAAAAAAAUAAAAAGCCUAAGACGCCACUGAAUAAUGGAACGAAAGUUAUUGACAGUAUUACCAAAUCAGACAAUGAAGAAAAUAAUACUAUCAGUCAAGACAAUUCAAAUAGGAAAAAAGAAAAUAAAGAACAUUUGGCGCCGAUUACUACAGAAAAUGAUGAAAAUAUCGUUUCAACGCCCAGUUAUUCACUGGAUAAUAGAACAGAAGUUACUGGAAAGAAGAAAAUAAAAAAACCUAAGACUCUACUGAAUAAUGGAACGAAAGUUAUUGAUGAUAUUACCAAAUUGAACAAUAAAGAAAAUAAAGCUAUCAGUCAAGACAAUUCAAAUAAGAAAGAAGAAAAUAAAAAACAUUUGGCGCCGAUUACUACAGAAAAUGAUGAAAGUAUCGUUUCAACGCCUGGUUAUACACUGGAUAAUGGAACAAAUGUUACUGGUAACUUCACCAAAUCGAACAAAAAAGAAAAUAAUAUUACUCAAGACAAAACGACUAGGAAAGAAGAAAAUAAAAAGUAUAAGACGCCACUGCAUAUUGGAACGAAAGUUAUUGAUAAUAUUACCAAAUCGAACAAUAAACAAAAUAAUACUAUCAGUCAAGACAAUUCAAAUAGGAAAGAAGAAAAUAAAGAACAUUUGGCGCCAAGUACUACAGAAAAUGAUGAAAAUAUCGUUUCAACGCCUGGUUAUACACUGGAUAAUGUAACAAAAGUUACUGGUAACUUCACCAAAUCGAACAAAAAAGAAAAUAAUACCAUUACUCAAGACAAAACGAUUAGGAAAGAAGAAAAUAAAAAGCAUAAGACGCCACUAAAUAUUGGAACGAAAGUUAUUGAUAAUAUUACCAAAUCGAACAAUAAAGAAAAUAAAGCUAUCAGUCAAGACAAUUCAAAUAAGAAAGAAGAAAAUAAAAAACAUUUGGCGACGAUUACUACAGAAAAUGAUGAAAGUAUCGUUUCAACGCCUGGUUAUACACUGGAUAAUGGAACAAAAGUUACUGGUAACUUCACCAAAUCGAACAAAAAAGAAAAUAAUACCAUUACUCAAGACAAAACGACUAGGAAAGAAGAAAAUAAAAAGCAUAAGACGCCACUGAAUAUUGGAACGAAAGUUAUUGAUAAUAUUACCAAAUCGAACAAUAAAGAAAAUAAAGCUAUCAGUCAAGACAAUUCAAAUAAGAAAGAAGAAAAUAAAAAACAUUUGGCGCCGAUUACUACAGAAAAUGAUGAAAGUAUACUUUCAACGCCUGGUUAUACACUGGAUAAUGGAACAAAUGUUACUGGUAACUUCACCAAAUGGAAUAAAAAAGAAAAUAAUACCAUUACUCAAGACAAAACGACUAGGAAAGAAGAAAAUAAAAAACCUAAGACGCCACUGAAUAAUGGAACAAAUGUUACUGGUAACUUCACCAAAUCGAAUAAAAAAGAAAAUAAUACCAUUACUCAAGACAAAACGACUAGGAAAGAAGAAAAUAAAAAACCUAAGACGCCACUGAAUAAUGGAACGAAAGUUAUUGAUAAUAUUAUCAAAUUGAACAAUAAAGAAAAUAAAACUAUCAGUCAAGACAAUUCAAAUAAGAAAGAAGAAAAUAAAGAACAUUUGGCGCAGAUUACUACAGAAAAUGAUGAAAAUAUCGUUUCAACGCCUGGUUAUACACUGGAUAAUGAAACAAAAGUUACUGGUAACUUCACCAAAUCGAACAAAAAAGAAAAUAAUACCAUUACUCAAGACAAAACGACUAGGAAAGAAGAAAAUAAAAAGCAUAAGACGCCACUGAAUAUUGGAACGAAAGUUAUUGAUAAUAUUACCAAAUCGAACAAUAAAGAAAAUAAAGCUAUCAGUCAAGACAAUUCAAAUAAGAAAGAAGAAAAUAAAAAACAUUUGGCGCCGAUUACUACAGAAAAUGAUGAAAGUAUACUUUCAACGCCUGGUUAUACACUGGAUAAUGGAACAAAUGUUACUGGUAACUUCACCAAAUGGAAUAAAAAAGAAAAUAAUACCAUUACUCAAGACAAAACGACUAGGAAAGAAGAAAAUAAAAAACCUAAGACGCCACUGAAUAAUGGAACAAAUGUUACUGGUAACUUCACCAAAUCGAAUAAAAAAGAAAAUAAUACCAUUACUCAAGACAAAACGACUAGGAAAGAAGAAAAUAAAAAACCUAAGACGCCACUGAAUAAUGGAACGAAAGUUAUUGAUAAUAUUAUCAAAUUGAACAAUAAAGAAAAUAAAACUAUCAGUCAAGACAAUUCAAAUAAGAAAGAAGAAAAUAAAGAACAUAUGGCGCAGAUUACUACAGAAAAUGAUGAAAAUAUCGUUUCAACGCCUGGUUAUACACUGGAUAAUGAACAAAAUCAAGACAAUUCAAAUAGGGAAGAGAAAAUAAAUAAAGAACAUUUGGCGCCGAGUACUACAGAAAAUGAUGAAAAUAUCGUUUCAACGCCUAGUUAUAUUCUGGAUAAUGGAACGAAAGUUAUUGAUAACAUCACCAAAUCGAACAAUAAAAAAAAUAAUACUAUCAGUCAGGACAAUUCAAAUAGGGAAGAUGAAAAUAAAAAACAUAUGAUGCCACUUACUACAGAAAAGGAUGAAAGUAUGGUUUCAACGCCUAGUUAUACAAUGAAAAAUGAAAUGGAAAUCACUCAAGGCAAAUCGGCUAGGAAAGAAGGAAAUAAAAAGCAAAUGACACCAAUGAAUAAUGGAAGGGAAGUUAUUGAUAACAUCACCAAAUCGACCAAAAAAGAAGAAAAUAGAAAGAAUAUGUCGCCACUGAAAAAUGGAACGAAAGUUAUUGAUAUCAUCAUCAAAUCGAAUAAUAAAGAAAAUAAUACUGAUACUGUUGUCAAAUCAAACAAAAAAGAAGAAUCGGAUUUAAAUAUUGUUUAUGGCAAAUUAAAAUACAAUAAUAAUUACAGCGCAAAGCGCGAAAUAUAUGUUGACAAUGGCGAUCAGAAAGAUAUGGAAGAUACAGAAGAAAUCAAGAAAUUUUAUGAUGAUAAUGAAGACCUUUUUAAAGAUUAUAAUCCUACGGAAACAAAAAAGAUGAUAGAUUUGUCUUCCAAUUAUUCUGCCGAUUCUAUGGAUAGCUUUCAAAGAUUAUCAAGGAAUUCAGCAAGUGCGGUACAACAAAAUAAGACAACAAAUGCGGAAGAAUCAAUUGCAUUUGCAGAAAAUUCUGAACAGCCAGCCCAUACGGGUCUAUUACCAUUAGUGAUCAGCGAAGAAUUACGUAAACAUGGCGAUGAUGAUGAGUGGAAAGAGCAAAUGAUAAAAAAUAUAACUGACCAAAUCGAUACGGGGCGUCUUAAAGUUAGUGGAAACAGAUGGCCAUUAAAGCUGAGAGCAAUGAAAAAUGAUAAACUCAAUAAACUCAAAAAUAAGAAAAAAGGCUUUUCCAGAACGCAAGCAAAUUCUGUAAUCGGUAUAGAAAAAAACAAGUUCCUUAAACAAUUUGAUGAAAUGCUCUUUCAUAAUAACACAGCUGUCUUCACUGAAAGUAUGCAAUUAAGCUCAGAUGGCACAACUACUAUUGAAUAUCAGCCAAAUAUACCACUCAAUUUUCCAGUUACGAAAAUUGAAAAGUACAUAAACCACGCCGAAGAAAAGACAAAUGCAGGAAAUGAUCAUAGAAAUAAAAGCAUUAUUAUAAUGGAACAAGCUAGUAAACAAAAUUCUAACUUGCAACAAAGUAUAGAUGUAAUAAAUCCAACGACUCUCAGAAGUAAUGAACUCGCUAGUGAUGAUUUAAUUCGUCAAGAAAAUGAAACACGAAUUGACACGCCAGAUUUCAUAGAAGUUUUAGUCCAGAAUUAA